AUAGCUGCAUUCAGAUAUUCCAUGGAAAAGCAGUGCAGUGUGACAGUGCAACUAGAACUACGUUUCCAUUCGUUCUAUUCAUCCCACAGUGUGUGGGGGUAGUAGGGCGGUCAUCUACAUGUCUGCGGUUUGGGGGAAUUAGCAAAAGGAACAGAAAAAUACUUGAUUCUCAUUAUUUUGUCGAACAUACUUCUCAACAAGAUCCUGUUCUUAGACUGAUUGAUUCCUUGUACAUGGAGACUAUUGAGUCUAUGCUCUGGUAAACAUAUUGUCUGUCUCCUGGCGCUUGUUCUUCAGAAAUUCUAUGCAGGUUAUUGUUGAUUACUCUUUGCUUUUUGGAGCGUUGUCAUGUACUGUAUUGGAUGAAGUGGUGUAAUCAUUGUGAAUAGUUCGUGUAGACUGUAAUUUCAUAAUCGUACCAUGGAUCUACUUUAACAUUAGGAUUUUAUAACAUUUGGAUUAUUUCACACCCCAGGGCACUUAAGAAGAAGGGCAGGAGCUGGACAUUCGUACCUUACCCUGUGGAUGAACUAAAAGAAACCGAUUCGUCUCAGUAGAAAGAUAGUUAUCUUGCUCUUAAGCCAUUGGAAACACCUGAAUUUUUGUCUUGCAUUGUUUCAUCUCCCACUAGAGGUUGGAGUACCUUUCUGCUCUUAUCAUAGUCAUCUAUCAGUGAUCACCAAGACUAAGAAUAUCCCCCAUCAUUUCUAUUCCUUCAAGGUAAAAAAAGAAAAGGAAAACGGGAGGAGAAAGCUAUUGGGAUGUGAUCUCAGCUACCAUUACAAAUUUCUUGUAUUUUGGAGAUGACCAUGUAUUUGAGUUUGAAUGGGGAUGGUAGAAGCAUCAUAGGAGAUGAUCAUGUGACAUAUUGAUCAGGUGACAGAGUGAAGGUGGUGAGGAAGGAGUUCUUUUGAAAAAAUUCAGUUAUCUUUUUGGAAAGGAAUGAUAUUUGGGCAUUCUUGUGUAUGCAAGCUAGAUUAAAAGUUUCUGAUUAUUUUAAAGUUUCACUCUUCAUUGAGUUAGACUCAUGCAACUCACAAUGAAAUCUACGGACAUGGACACCCGAUCAGUACAGUCUGGAGGCUCACAGGCCAACAGCAUAGAUUCAACUGUCUCCAAGCACAGAAAGCAAGGAGGUGGGUUCUUUCGCUUCUGGUCGGGGCGUUCCAAACCGCGCAAGAGCAGUACCGACUCGGAUCAUAGCGGGCUUGGCACUCCACGGAGCACACGACAGGUCGGACGGUCACGAAGUGCUGCAGCCUACAUCAACAGCACCAAUAAGAAGGGGCCCGGCACAAUGGAGUGCCCUCUGUGCCUAAUGGAACGACCAAAAGAACAGUUUCCAGAGAUCAUCACUUGCGACCACCGCUCAUGUCGGGAGUGCUUACGACAGUACCUGAAGAUUGAAAUCACAGAGAGUCGAGUGAACAUUGCAUGUCCUGAAUGCGCAGAGCCUCUUCAUCCGAAUGACAUUAAACUCGUGUUGCAAGACAGUGCUCUUAUGAAUAAAUAUGAGGAGUUCACAUUACGGAGACUACUCAUGAUGGACCCAGAUUGUCGAUGGUGCCCGGCGCCAGACUGCGGAUUUGCUGUGAUAGCCACUGGUUGUGCCAAUUGCCCUCAGUUGUCCUGCCAGCGCCAGGGUUGCGGAACAAGUUUCUGCUAUCACUGCAAGCAGAUAUGGCACCCUAACCAAACCUGCGAUGCAGCCAGACAACAACGCAUGGGGAUUAUUCGUAAAACAUCACUUAGCUACAGCCAAGGUUCAUCAUCACAGGAUCAAAUCAAACAGUGCCCUCGUUGUACAGCAUUGAUCAUCAAGUUGGAUGAUGGUUCAUGUAACCACAUGACAUGUGCUGUAUGUGGAGCUGAGUUCUGUUGGCUGUGUAUGAAGGAGAUAUCAGAUCUACAUUAUCUCAGCCCCUCUGGAUGUACUUUCUGGGGUAAGAAGCCAUGGAGUCGUAAGAAGAAGAUCCUGUGGCAACUUGGGACUCUAGUAGGAGCUCCAGUUGGUAUAGCUCUGAUUGCUGGAAUAGCCGUUCCAGCUAUUAUUAUUGGGAUUCCAGUAUAUGUUGGGAGAAAGGUGCAUGCAAAGUAUGUGAGUAUGCCGAGACAUCGUCGUAAUCUGGCUAUUGCUGGGAGUGUAUCAUUGUCUAUCAUUGUAUCACCGGUGAUUGCUGCCCUCACAGUUGGAAUCGGUGUGCCUAUCAUGCUGGCGUAUGUAUACGGAGUAGUGCCUGUCUCACUCUGUCGUAGUGGUGGAUGUGGGGUUACUACUAGCGAAAGCGGAGGCGUACGCAUCGCCCUAGAUGAAGAGAACGAUGUCGGUAUCGUUGGAGCAGACAAUAGAUCAGAAAACAACCCAGAGGUGAACAGCGUUGCGGCAAAUGCAAGUAUAGGAGAGGCAAGUGUCCUUAAUCGGGAGAGCACAAGUCAUCUAGAGGUUGCAGGGGUUAUCACUGAUGAUACAGUGAGUGACAGUGCUAGCACAAGGGCUAUUGCUGGGGCUAGUCUUACAGGAAGUCUGUCAGGCAGUGGAGGAGUGGGGCCGCUUGUUCUUAGCCAACACAGGAUGGAUAUCCAUAAUGAAGUAGUUGGUAAGAGACUAAGUCUAAGUAGUGAAACAGCCUUUGAUGCCUAUUCUGCAUCAUCUAAUGAUAGAGAUUACCAAAGUUUAAAGAAAGGAGCAACCAACACACCACUAGAAGUUCAUGUUGACAUUGAGGGACCCUCCUUUCCUAUAUCUCGCCACAACAGCAGUGGAAGUAGUAACAGUACUGACCAUGGUGUUCCAGGGACCAGCGGAUCUUCUAGGACAUUCACAUCCUCCCUUCGCCAUACUGCUAACAUUGAAGAGGACUUUAGUGGCCGGGGGAAUGAAGGGGACGUAUGGGAGCUAAAGACCAGUGCCAAUUCACCUGUUAUGGUUGCAAGGGGCGCAACAGCUUCCGCCUGCUCCUCCAACACCACAACAACAAGUGCCAUGCGCAAGAGCAAGAGCAAGGGUCGAUCACGUAGCGGGAAGCGCAGCAGCGUCAAGAUCAGCGAUCGCAUCUCCGAAGCACCCUCCCCCUGUCCCGAUUCAGUAAGCAUCAAUGAUUCCUUGAAUUCAGAGUUGAGUGCCGUUAUUGCAGACAGUGAGUGUCACUCUGAGACGAGCUCAUCAUCCAAUGUGGAUGCAUCAUUGCCAUUGGCUGAAUCCAAGCUGAAGGGUGAUUUAUCAAGCAGCACUAGCUCCUCUCAUGGGUUCCCUUUGAAUGCUAAAGAUAGUCAAUCUUCGCUCACAGAGGUGGAGAAUGAUCGGCCUGGAAGUGGGAUGUUAAUACGUGAUGUGUGUCACUCCUCAUCUAGCUCUGUUAAUGUGUCUUUAAAUAGAGUCAUAACUACAGACUUGUGAUAAGUAGUGUGUAUGUGACUUGGUUAUGGAACCAUUCACACUGCUAUACAAAUUUUAUCAUUGCUGAUUAUCACAUGUUAUGGUGCAAACCAGUGUUGUACUCUUAUUUAGGCUUUGGUUUAUCAUCUAUCCUGUACUUAAGAAGUAAAGAGUAUUAUCUAGUCGAGUCAUAUGACGUCUCUAUAUUGUUCAAAUGUCACUCUGAUUUGAAUUAUGAUUUAUCAAUGGUGAUGUUGAUGGUCCAUUUGUAAGAUCUCUUGCGUUUAAAAGCAACUUAAAAAUAAAGUGCAAGGCCCAAAUGUGCAUUUUUAAUUGGUUGAAAAUUAAGUUGCCUUUUAGUUACUUUUAAAUGUAAGGGGCCUUUUGCAAAAUGAACCUGAGGACUCUUGAGCCUGUUGCUGAAAAAAGUUCCCUUACUCUUCAAAGGGAUACUUUUUUUUUUAACACCUAAGUUCAGUUUUCAUGACCAAUACAAAUUCAUAAAAAUGGUUAAUAUCUUACUUUUGAUGAUUAUCCCUAUUGAUGAAAUCAGUUCUUUGUAAAAUCAUCUCAAGGAAGCAUCACCAUCUUCACUUUUUUUUAAAAUGAAGUAUAUGAAAUAAACAUAAACCACAUUAGAAAUGUAUGGUAACAUAGGACAGGCUUGUUUGAACAUGCCAAAGUCAUUAGUUGGCAAAAGCAUAUCCAGUUGUAAUAUCUCUGGCACAUUAUGAAUUCAAAGUCAGAUCCAAUUGCUCAGGAUAACUUGUACAAAAUUGACUUUGACUCGUUUGAUCUAUGCCCGAGAUUUCUUUGGCUUGGGUAUGCAAAAAAUGUGUACCGUAGUAUACCAGUUUCAACUUGCCUCUAUUGGAUAUUAUAUCCCUUACUUAAGAUUGUUGUAUUGAGAGUGUACACAAGGACAAAAAGAAUAGUUUUAAUACGAAAAACGUUUGCCGUGAUAUAGUUCAUUUUCCUUGCUGACGUCACGCAUAGUCCAUUUUUCCCCUAGGGAAAAAGUGAACUAUACGCGAUUCACGAGCUGUGCAGCCAAAUGGUACUCUCCACGCAUGCCACGGGAAACUUUCGGCGAGCUGCACUAAGCAGGUGCGCUCGGUGAACAGACGAUCCAUACAGCAAGACUUAUUAUUUUCUCAACGAUUGUUCUAUAUCGACUUAUCAAAAAUCGUUUCGCUGUAAAAUGGUAUUAGUGAAAGGGAUUUAAAACAAAUAUACAAUGACCCAUUCUCGGAACCGGCUAAAAUUAUUCACACUCAGGAACAUCACAUAGCACUAUUGUCCCUCGGGCCAAUGGCCCUCGGGAGAAUAGUACUAUGUGAUGUUCCUUCGAUGUGAUGUUCCAGAUCCUCGAGUGUCAUUGUAUAUUUGUAUAAUAUAAUUCAUAAUCAGACUGGAAAGGAUAAAUUGCACUGGAUUCUCUUUUAAAUAUAAAAUAUAAUUCAUAGUAAUAUCUAAAUAUUGCUUUGCCUAGAUUAUAAAGCAUUUUUAACAUGCCUGUUGUAGGUUUCUUUGAAUUCCUACACAGGUUUACUAUUUACAAACCAGCAAGUAUUGAUAGUGACAACUCAUAAAUUCUGUUCAGUUGUGAAGCAUUUUACAUACAGCCUCAUGUGAAAUAAAAUAAUUUCAGGAGUUAGGGUUUAACUCUAGUAUAAUUGUAGUUACAUCUUGGUGUUUUAGUGCAAUGUGAAUGACCAUUUCAGCAAACAUAUAUUAUAAAACCAAAGACAAAUUAUGAGUUGGAAACAGUGGACUUUUCAAGGUUUGCUCCUUUUGAUAUCGUUAGCUCUCAUAAAUGUCUUGCUCAUUGUACAUUCAUCCCCUGUAUCAUAAAGAUUAAAAGUACAGUAUCAAGCUCAAUGUUUACUAUCAUAUACUGCAUACACAGUAGGUAUUCUAUGGUUAAUUGAGAUCAAACAUUUUUUAAAUCAAGUUGAUUGUUAAUUGUAUCAAAAUAUAUUCAUGUAAGCCUUUACACUUUUGUCUGAAAUUGAUGUAGUUCAUAGUGUUGUUUCCAACUCUGCAGUUACAUGUGUAUGUAGCUUUUGUUUUUAAGACGCAAUUGGUGUAAUAUUAUUAAAUAGAGUAACUCAUUAUUUUGUGUUGUAAAAAGUUGCAUUUCAUACUUGCUCCCUCUCCCUCUUUCUCCCUAAAUGCUUGUAGGGGAAUAGCCUGACUAAUAGUUUGAUGCCAAACCAUCCUAAUGUUUCUUGUUUUUUCUGUUUUCAGUAAAAUAAACUUUGCGCAAGGAUAAAUUCCCCCUUUGAAACAUGGCACAGCCGAGAUAUAUAAUAAUAAUUCUGUAGUGCACAAGAAAGUCCAGAAUGAGCAAUUAAGCAUUGAUUGGUGAGUUUGGCCUUUACCAGCAACUGAGUCUUAUUCUUUGCUGAUCCUUAAUUUUCAUCUAUUUUAGAUAAAAGACCAUUAGUUCAAAUAUAGUGAAUAAUUUUGAUGCCUUUCUAUAUACACAGAGAAAAUAGAUAUUGAUUGUGAGUUUUAAACUAGGGUCUGUUGUGACUGAAACCUUGAUUUAAAUUGAGCUGUAAUGUGUAGCAUAAGUCUCCAGUAUUUUUAUUUCAUGUAAAAUGUCUUGUAGAGGUAUUAGUACUGGAUUGUAUAAAGUAUAGUAUCUGUAUAUAUGUGUUAUGAAAAUUGGAUGUUAUAGCUUUGUUUUUCUUUUUUUUCAGAUGUUCUAAUGCAACAGAAAUUGAUGGGCUCUGAGAGUCUUAGUGUCAUACUUGACUAUUUUUUUGUUUGACUAAUCUUUGAAAUUAUCUAUCAUAUAAUGAAAAAUAAUGCAAACUAUUUUAUGUUUAUUCAAAACUGUCACAAAUUACCAUUAAGUGAUUACCUGUAUCAUAGAGUUUGUUUUCUUCUCAUUUUUGGUCAAUGCUGAAAAAAAAGGAUAAGAUAUAGUACUGAUGAGUAUGUGUUUUAAUUGAUUGUGAAAAUGGAUGACAUGUUUAGAAGUAAAUGUUAAGUAUAUUGUGUAUAUUUGUGCUUUUAUUAUUAUUUCUGAAAAUUUACAUGCUUCGUUGGCUGAGAUAUGUUAGUGUCAUGAUGUACAUGUACAUUUUGAGAUUAUACAAAUGCUACAUUUUAUAGUGGUGAUAAGAUUCUAAAACUCCUUACAAUUCUAUGGUACGGGUUUAAAGUAUUUAAUAUACCAAGUCUAGAUGUGUUACAUUAAGAUAAUUCAUGAUACUGGGUAUCAAUACUCAUUACACAUAUUAAAAGUAGAAUGGGUAAUUAUCUGAUUUUAAAAAAAUCUUUGCUGAUCUUUAUUUUUGUUCACAAAUAUUUGGUUGUAUACAUCUUUAAAAAAAAUAAUAACUUACAAUGCAAUGGCAGAAAACAAUAAUUCAAUAAUAAUUUUCUUUGUGAGCCAGGUUCUUACAUGAUGUUGUGACGUUGGACUUUGCCAUGAUAGCUUUCCAAUAUGGUAUUUGAGGGAAUAUGUGUGCUGAUUUGCAGAUAUGUUAAGCUACAGUAGGUUUUUUAAGCUUGUUGAGUGGUGUUUGAUGACACUGUCAAUGUAUUGUUAGCGAUACAGUAUGGGAUUAGCAGCAUAUGAAUGAUGGUCUGAUGCUUGGAUUUUCAAAUAAAAUUUCACUCAAAAUUAUAAAUAUAUAUAUAUAAGGAGAAAAUGAAACAGUUUUUGAAAGCCAUCACAUGCCUGACCAAAAUACUUCUACUUUUAAAGAAUUCAGUUUAUGCUGAUUGCAACAAUCAAUGUAUUAUUUCUACAUAAAUUUACUUUGCAACACAAGGAUAUAUAGAUUAUUUUCAGAUAAUUCUUUUAUUUUAUUUUGCAAAUGACAAAUAGAGUUUUAACAUGAAAGUGAUAUGCACUGUUGAUAUGUCUAUGUAUAUAUGUUUUGCUUACAAAUGUUUCAUUUGAAAGAGCAUUAUAGAGCUUUAUUCAUUGAACUAUAUUCAUGUAGCCUUCAUACUUACAGAUAGAGUACAGAUAUAGUGUUUCAUGGAUGUGGUAUCUAUUACUCAGUAAUGAUACAUUCCCAGAUUAUGUAUCAUUUAUUGUAGGGUAUUACUAAAUCCUUUUUAAAUCACAUAGUUCAUAAGGGUCACCAUUUGCUUAAUCUUCCCAAAAUUAAAAUAUACACAUGAUCUUGAAUAAAGAUUAAAAUAAUGAACUUCAAUGCAGGUCUGUCAUGAUUUUUCUUGAUCGUUGAAAUUAAAUAUUGUUUGAAUUUAAGUUAAAAUCUGUAUGAAAUAAUUAAAAAUACGAUCAAUGCUCAUUUUAAAUGUUACACGGUACAUGAAUCUGUAACAUCUAGGAAUAUCUUCUUAUUGUAGAUUUUAUUAAUUUGUUUCGUUUCCAAUGCCAUUAUGUAUUUUAGGACCCCCAAUUAUUCUCUUUUUGGAGGAAAGGAUAUGAAUAUUUACAAUUCAAAGCUUUUGAUCAUAUAAUUUCUAAAUUUGAAUUUUCACUUAAUAGGGGAAUGUUGUUUCAGACACGUUUUUGAUCAAGUUCAUGCCUAUUUUCCAGUUGGGAAGUCUUGGGGUCUGUGUAUUUAUGUGCAUCAGUGCGUAUCUGUUUUACCUCAGUUCUACCUUAGUAAAGUUAAUGUUUUAUGAUAAUGUGUUGAAAUUAUCAGGGAAACUUAUGAUUCUGGGAUAUAUUAUGAAAUAAAAACAAAUAGUUAUCAAUCCAUCUUUCUACUUACAAAAUGAUUUAUUUCUUAUUAAAGUUUCCCAUGGUACAGUAUACAAUUAAACAGACCCCUUUGUUUGGAUUUUUUUAAUGCUGUUUAAUAAUGUAUGUAAACAUGAUAUUACAGGAUUCAUGUACACAGAAUUCACUUUUUAUUUACAGCAAUUUCAUCUAAUGUAAACUCUCAUAGUAGUACUUGUACAUGUGAUACCUUGCUAUUCAUUGAAAUGCUUUGUAUUAGAUGCUUAAUGGUCUUUUAUUAUGUAAAACUGAUUCACUAUUUUCUUUUUCUACAUGCUAAACCAGAUGAAAGAAAUGCUGUAUUCUGUGGCAUAAAAUGGCGGUUUAUGCAUAUUGAUUUGUGAAGGGGAAAUGUAAUCUAUUCUGAAUGAAUUACUGCUUUGGUGAAAUAUCUCAUUAUUUAGGAAAUUCAGUGCUUCAUUAUUGACUUAUUCAUUAACAUGGAUGCACAGAUAUUAAAGGGAUAGAUUAAUCACGGGUUUUGUUCUUUGUAGUGUCUUAUAGAGUGGAAUCAGUGGCAAGUAUUCUUUGUGCAAAAAAAACCAGGUUAUUUCUCUGAAGAAAAAAAAACACAAAAUGUUCAAUUGAAACAAGUUAUGUAUGUAUCGAGUUUUGACAAAAUACACAUCUUGUGAAAUCAA